AUGGAUAAUGUACUGGAAGAGAUUAACGACUGGUCGGAGAUGGAAGGUUUUACGCAAGAGCCAGAGCUUAGAGCUAGAGAUGGUUUGCAACAGAAUACCCAACCAAACUUUGAUAUAUUAUCGGUUGUUUGUAAUAGUGAGAAAGAGGCUUUUGAUAUGUACUGUCGAUACGCGCAUAGUGUUGGUUUUAGUGUUCGCAAAGAUCAUCAUUCUUUCUGGCCGAAUUCGAGGAAGAUACGGAUGAAAGAUUAUGUAUGUUCGAAAGCUGGUUUUAAGAAGGGCCUUGACCUGAAUGUGAAAUCGAAAUACAGGAAAGCCAAUACUAGGACUGGGUGUCCCGCGAUGAUUAGAUUUUCAGUUGAUCAAGAUGGGGAAUGGAAGGUUAAUAAAUGUGUUGAGAACCACAACCAUGAGUUGGCAAGGCCUGAAGAUCAACAUUUAUUGAGAUCAUGCAGGAAAAUUACCGAAGAGAGAGCAUUUGUUCUUAAAUCUAUGACUGAUGCUGGGAUUAGAACCAUUGAUGCAUUCACAUACUUAGCUGAUGAAGUUGGUGGGAGGGAGCAUGUUGGUUUUUUAAGAAGAGAUGCAUAUAACUUUGUUCAGAGAAACAGAAGAUGCAAGAUUGAGACGGGGGAUACCAAUUCCCUAAUAGAAAUUUUUAAAAACCGAGCAAACAGUGAUAACAUGUUUGUGUGGGAAGUCCAAUAUGAUGAGGAGGAUAGAUUGAUGAAUUUUUUCUGGGCUGAUGGUGUGGGAAGAAUAGACUACGACUGCUUUGGAGAUGUUAUAAUUUUUGAUACCAGCUAUAGACUGAACAAAUACAAUCUAGCUUGUGCACCUUUUGUUGGAGUUAACAACCAUUGGCAGAAUGUUCUUUUGGGGGUAGCAUUUCUGUCUGAAGAAACAGUAGAAUCAUUUACAUGGCUGUUUAGAACAUUCUUGAGAGUAAUGGGUGAUAAACAUCCCAUUACAAUUUUUACUGACCAGGAUCAGGCAAUGUCUCGGGCUAUAGAAAUUGCAUUUCCGCAAACACGCCAUAGGCUUUGCCAAUGGCACAUCAUGAAGAAGCUUCCAUCCAAGGUGCAUUGUUACAACAGCAACAACAAGGUUAGAGGGUUGAUUUAUAAAUGUUUUAGCAGGUGUGAUUCGGAGGAAGAGUUUGAAAGUACUUGGACUGAAAUGCUGAAUGAAGGGGACCUUCAUAGCCAUGUGUGGUUGAAAGAACUCCACAGAAUAAGGAACAAGUGGUCCACAACAUACAACAAGACUUAUUUUAACCUUGGUAUUCUUUCGACACAGCGCAGUGAAUCCACUAACAAUGUGUGCCACGGCAUUUCUAAGCCUACUAGCACCAUCACUGAGUGUUUUUUGGGUCUUGAAAAGGUGAUGAAGACAUGGCGUCGGAAUGAGAAGGAUGAAGACUUCAAAUGUAGUCAGUCCGAUGUUGUUCCUUUGGUGAAGAGCAGUCCAAUUCUUAGGCAGGCCGCGCGUUUUUAUUCGCGUAAAUUGUAUUCUUUCUUUGAGGAGUUUUUACAAGGUGUGGGUGGAAUGUGCAUAGCUCAAGCCUCAACUGACUUAUCAACUUUUUUUGUCAAAACUGUUGAGAACAUUGAUCAGCCUCGCUACUGGACAGUUAAUUUUGAUGAUGCAGAAGGUAGCAUCGAAUGCAGCUGUGGAAAAUUCGGCAUGAUGGGGAUACUAUGUUCUCAUUGCUUGAGAGUGGUAAGGCAGAUUGAUAUAAUUAAUAUACCUCCGAAAUAUCUACUCAAGAGAUGGUCAGGUCGAGCAAGAAAGGACCUUUACUCUGAUAGGCCGUUGUCAUCUAUGGUAGCUACCGGAAUCCCCUCGGAUGGCAUAGGAAGUAUGAUUUUCAGAAAUACCAAGUUGCCUUCUUCAAAUAAGCAACCAGAAGAGUCCAAUGUUCAUUAUCAUUUACUGGUAGUAGCAGAAAGUUAG